UAAAUUUUUUUUUUUUUAUUAUUCCUUUUUUUGGAAAGUGAACAAAAAUUUUUGUGUUUUAACUCUCAUAUGUAAACAUUCAAGUUAUUUGGUUUCUCAAAAAUUCCUACAGUAGUGUAUCAAAAUUAUUUGUGAAUAGUGAAAAACAAACCAUCCAACUAUGCGAGGGAUUCUGGGCUGGGUCCACGAAUCCUACGGUCGUACUAAUCGCAUGGCGCCGUAUCUUACACAGAUAUCGCGGUGCCUAAGCUAUCAUGCGCCAUUAUGUAGGGCCCCACUGCUUCGGGAUGUCCGGAGCAGCAGUAGUAGUAGCAGCAGUGGAAGGCAGCUGAAGAGGAGUAUCGGGACCAGCGUCAUGUAUCGACCGGGCCUGUUGCAGUCGCAGAUGCUGCAGACGCCAUCCACCCUACUGACCCCUCUGCCGAUUGUUCUGCGAGUCCAGCUCUAUUCACAGAAGCCCACGAACGUCUUUACCUUCAAUGCCCGGAUGAAUAUGCUGCGCAAGAGGAUUAGUUUCUCGGGCACACCCGCUGGCUCCGGUGAGUGCGAAGCGGACAAGCAGCGAAUAGUGCCUUGUGGCAUCAUAACCCCCGAGUGCAAGGAUGAUAAGCAUCUGAAAAUUGUCAUCGUGCCGCUGGAUCUUGCUGGCAUGGAUAGCGAAUCAUUGAAGACUACGCUGGAAUCGAUCAAUAUGUUGCGCAAAUACGCGAACGAGAUCGAUACGUUUGCGACCAGCAUGAUCGAUGAUUACCAUGCCAUGAAUACAGAAACAGCUGAGGCACAGCAAGAUGUUACUGCCGCUAGCCCCGCACCUGAACCUGCACUACCACCCACCGACGAACUGAAUUUCUGGGAAACCUACACAGCAGCACCGCUGAAUGCGGAAGUGGAUGCUGUGGCCCAGGCAAGUGCCUCUGAUAUUGCAUCCCAGAAGCUGCCGCAGGAGCAUCAACAGCAAGCAGCAACGACAGGCCUGAGCUCAGCAUCUACGGAGCCCAGUGGUAAUUUAUGCAAUGUGGAAUGGUCCCAGCCACCCAACAGCCCCUCCACCCCCAAUAUACCGCAAAUGCCAAACACCAGCCCAAGCGUUACACCAACAACUGUGCCGACACAACCUGCUGGUUUGCCGCUCGAGGAGCCAAAGGUGGCACCACAAAUCAAUGCCGCAGCAGAACAAGAAUCUGAGGAAAAGAAGCACCACGAGGUGAAUAUCAAUGUGCCCGCGAAUUUGGAGGCACGUCUGAACGAAAUGGCCAUUUCCUCCAUGAAAUUGUCGUUUGAGAUGGACAUGACCAACAUACGGGAUGCUUUGAUGAAACGCGAAUUCGAGUACGAAGAGAAGCAAGCGGAAGAAAGCCAAGACUCUACCUUCUCUAUGCAGACCAAAGUCGAGCUGGAUGGCGGUUAUAAGCCGGAAAAUACGUUGCCACUCUUGUUCAAUGCGCUGAUCACGGGCCAGGUGGACAUCGAUGCCGAGAAACUUCACCUGGAUCAGAUGUCAGAUUCGCAGGUGCCUGAGUUCCAUGACAACGUGACUUCUCUGGCCGCCAACAUUUGUAGCACGGCACUGCAAAAAGGUUUUCCCGCUGAUCUGAACCGUCAAAUGUUAUUAGGUCGUGCGAUCUCUUCCACCGAGAGCAGUGAUGAAGACAGGUGUGCCAAGGAGCAGUCUGACGAGAAGAAGGGCGAUGAGGAUCGCAGCAAAUACAUCAAGUGCGUUGGUACAGAAAAGAAAGGUUGUGUGUCACCAGGUAAUGCCCAUUUGCCCAAAUACGAACCAUCUGAAGAACAUACAAAGUGUGAUUCCUCCUCAAAUGUGGGCAAUGCCAUGCGUGUGUCUGCUCAGUCGAGAAUGGCUCUGAAGCGUAGCCAGGCGAUGAAGCACAUGAAAAACGAGCAAGCCAGGCCGAAGAAGAUAGACGAGGCCACCAUGCUUAGUGAUAAUUCCACCAUGAAAUAUGAUCCGAAGAGUCGAACGAUGGCCACCGCCGCCGUACCUCAGAUCUAUGAGACCGAGUUUGAAGGACCGCAAUUGCGAGACGGUUGCAAACAUCCCGUAAUUAAGCCCAAGAAGAAGUGCCCGGGAAAAUGUCCCCUGCUAGAUGAUCCGUGCAAAGAGGACCCUUGCAAGCGACCAGAUGAACAGAAGCCGAAGGACAAGCCACGCAAACGCAAGGCAGAAAAAACAGUUGAGAUAACAUGUAGUGACAAAAAGAGUGAUUGUGGCAAGGACAAAAAGAAGGAUCCAUGUGCCAAAAAGGACGACAAGAAAAAGAAGGAUCCCUGUGACAAAUUUAAGAAGAAAGACGAUAAGAAAAAGAAGGAUCCAUGUGCUAAAAAGGACGACAAGAAAAAGAAGGAUCCCUGUGACAAAUUUAAGAAGAAAGACGAUAAGAAAAAGAAGGAUCCAUGUGCCAAGAAAGACGACAAGAAAAAGAAAGAUCCUUGUGACAAAUUUAAGAAGAAGAAGGAGGACCCUUGUGCAAAGAAGAAGGAAGAUCCUUGCGCAAAGAAAAAAGAUGAUAAGAAAAAAGACCCCUGUGCCAAGAAAGACGAUAAGAAAAAGGAUCCUUGUGCCAAGAAAGAUGAUAAGAAAAAGAAGGAUCCUUGUGACAAAUUUAAGAAGAAGAAGGAGGACCCUUGUGCAAAGAAGAAGGAAGAUCCUUGCGCAAAGAAGAAAGAGGAUCCUUGCGCCAAGAAAAAAGAUGAUAAGAAAAAGAAGGACCCCUGUGCAAAAUUCAAGAAGGACAAGAAAAAAGAUGAUAAAUGUGGUGACAAAAAGAAGAAGGACCCCUGUGCCAAAUUCAAGAAGGACAAGAAAAAGGAUGAUAAAUGUGGCGACAAAAAGAAGAAGGAUCCCUGUGCUAAAUUCAAGAAGGACAAGAAAAAGGAUGAUAAAUGUGGUGACAAAAAGAAGAAGGAUCCCUGUGCCAAAUUCAAGAAGGACAAGAAAAAGGAUGAUAAAUGUGGAGACAAAAAGAAGAAGGAUCCCUGUGCCAAAUUCAAGAAGGACAAGAAAAAGGAUGAUAAAUGUGGAGACAAAAAGAAGAAGGAUCCCUGUGCCAAAUUCAAUAAGGACAAGAAGGAGGACCCCUGCAAAAAGAAAUACUCAACCUACGCUAGUCAUACCUUCAAAGCUGGAGUUAAUAAUUUAAAGCACCUGCGGGGCCCACGCUUCCCGGUUUACUCAACGCGUCUGCGUCGCCACUACGUGGACAUGGUCAGCAAGACCCCGCGUCGCCUGAGCUGCCACCUGGCAGAUCUGCGGAAAAUGGUGAAAAUGCAAAGACCUCGAUUUGUGGUUUACUCGACGCGAGUCCGCCGCCAAUACUCUAGCGAAAAGGAGAAGGACGAACUCGAUCCCACUGGUAAGUGCCGUGCCCUAGAACAGAAGCGCCCCCUGAGACGUGGCAAGGACAAGAAGGCGAGAUCAGAGCUGCGCACAGACUGUUUCGAGGACGACGAGUGUCCAAAGAGCUUCUGCAGUGGUGCCUGUGGACCAGUACCAAAGCGACGCAAGAAGUGCGAGCCCGUUAAGAAAACCAAGAACAAGAAGCGACAUGCCAAGAAGAAGGCAAAGAAGACCCAAUGGGACAAGAAGAAGGAACAAAUUUGCGGCAAACCCAAAAAGAAGUCGAAAAAGAACGACCAAGGCAGAGGGGAAAGAAAUAAGCUGCUAGGCGUGGAUCCAUCAGCAGUCUGCCAGAUCCAGAUACGGAGCUACAGCGAUUCCUGCCAGGAACACAAUCGCUGUAUGUCGAAGGCAUGCGCCUGCACAGAAGUGGAAAAAAAGGACGUUUCCGAAUGCACUCAGCUGAAAGAGGCAACUGAAGUUCUACGAAUACCGGAAUGCUAUAAAAUAUGCAAGGUUCAAGUGCCUAGGCCGUGCCCUAAGGAUUUCGAUGUGCUUAUACGCACCGGGUCUAUUGCUAUUUCCGGCUCUGACAUACAUGUCUAUGAGAAUGGCAACAAGGACGUCGAUGGAAUGUCUUUGGGCCACGAUGCCACCGGAUUCAUUGAGGAUGUGGGCAGAUGUGUCCACCACUUGCGUCGUGGUGAUCGCGUUGUAAUGGAAUCGGCACUCUCUUGUGGCAUUUGUGAGUUCUGCAAACAGGGUCUAUACAAUAUGUGCGGGGGCCUGAUCUACAAUGGGUUUAUGGCCACGCAUCAGGCCCAUCCGGCGGAUCUGUGCCAUCGUCUGCCCGACCAAAUUAGCAUGGAGGAGGGAGCACUCACGCAAACACUGGCCAUGGGCUGCCAAGCUUGUUUCAAGGCCAACAUAACGCCCCUCAGCAAUGUGCUAAUCAUUGGCUCCUGUCCCACAGCGGUGGCGGCAGCGAUGUGCUCUCAGGCCAUUGGAGCGAAACGUGUGGCCAUUGCUGGAACUGUGUGUUCCAUGCUAGACACUGUGAAGCAGGAUUUUGGGUUUGAGAGUGUGCAUUUCGAUUCGAACGCGCUCUUUGGUGAAGUAUUGGAAGCCAUCUACAGCAAGUUCAAGGAUUGGCCAAACUGUGUCAUCAAUUGUGCGAUAUCCGCAAUGACCAUGAACCUGGCCGUUAUGGCACUACAGCCUUGUGGAGUUUGUGUCCUCGCCGAAUGCGAAUCUGAGUGCGCAAGCUUUAAUGCACUGGACAUACUAAUGAAGAACAUACGACUCAUACCAAGCUUUCGCUCAACCAACAUGUUCCCCACUGCCCUACAACUCAUGAAGUCGGGUCGUGCCCCUAUGCACAAAUUCAUUGCCAAUACCUUUAAGUGGAUUGCGGCGGAGGAGGCAUUCAGAUGUGCCCAGCACGAGUCGAAUGUGGGACUACGAAAGAUUAUUAUAAACAGUGCGGAUGAGGGCGAUAUUGCGAAGUUGUACAAAACAAUGGGAAAAUGCUAAAUCCCCAAAGGAUUCGUUUUUUCUGUUGAGUUGGAUGGAAGUAGCCAAAUAUGCUGUGUACAAGACAAAUAAACGUUGAUAAAUAUUUUUAUAAAAAAA